UACAGAGUCAGUGACUGAAGUUCAUAUCAUAGCAUCUGUAUACAUACGGGAUGUAACAGUUACACUUAUCAACUGGUCUAUUGUGUACAUUUGAAGUGGGUAUUAUAAAGACUGGUUUACGAUAUUUCAAUGAUGUGUAAUGUAUCUUGGACGUAGCAGACGAAAAUGACGAAAAUGAAAGUAGAUCUUUUGUGAAAGGAAAACAAAAAAGGUACUGUAGACGAGGAAAUGAAAUAAACUUCCGGUUUACAUCGUCUGCAUGUGACACCAGGACGGAUUAACAUUUAUCUGCUCAGAUCCAUGGAGAAAGAAAUUGAUUCUAUAAAAUUUACCAUCAGAGAUGUUAAAGAUGACCAGUUCAUCACUAUUUCAGGAGCAAACCAGGACUUUCUGAUUGGUCUAAACACAGAGGGAAACAUCUGCAGUGAAGAUGCGUGUGGUGAGGGGAUGGGGGAGGUGUGUGUGCCCCUCAUUAGACUAUGUAUCAGUAAUACAGGGGGACUCACCAUGGCCCCAGGUAAUAAAGACCUGCCCUGUUUCAUCCAGGAUGUAGCUCUCCAGUCGGAGGUCAACGUCAUCAGUGGAACUGUGGUAGAAGUGGCUGACAAAACCUUGGAGAUUUGUGCUGGAGAACUUAAAAAGCAAAGGAGGAAGUUACCGAAGACUCCUGGCAUAGUGACAGUAUCUAAGCCGCCCCCAAAACCAAAACGAGUCUCACAGACUUUAUCUAUUACUGAACCUGAGGAGGAGGAGGUAAAAGAAAAAGGUCAUUAUCUACAAGGUAACUGGGACCUCAUCCAACGACCUGAUGUCAACUCGGAAAUCCUGGCCAAUCUCAGUAGCCCAGUAGAGUUGGGUAUUAUGGCCGCCAGUUUCCUGACCAAACAGAUACAACAGUAUACAGAUGUGAGGCUCACUAUGGAAACCACAGACGCCAUCUUCAGGUUCUUACAGGAGAUAGCCAGCUAUCAGAAAGGAUUAUUGGUAGCAUAUUUAACAGAGACAUCAGAAAAGCUGGAGGAGAUGCCUGAAUCGGAGAGGGAUCGGCCGAUGCACAGACCAGCUGUCAAGCUUCUAGUGGAACUGUUGAGACAGAUUUUGGAUCCUUUGAGCCAUGUAGUGCUGUGUGUUAAGUUACUAAGGACAUUUAGCCACUUUCCUAGCAACCUGACCACCAUGAUCCAAUGUCAGGCUUCAGCGGCCAUUUUGGGCACCAUGGCAGUGUAUCUGAAAGACACAGAAGUGCAGGAGUAUGGCUUAGACAUUUUGGCACGCAUCGCCACCUAUAGGCCUAACAUCAGACACAAGCUACCCCUGAGAGAGACCGGUCUUGAGAUGAUCUUGCGAGCAAUGAAUUACCACAAGAAUGAUCCAAAUAUCACACAGUCUGGAUGUCGGACCCUGGCCAAUCUCACAUCCACCCUUCAGGAGAUGCUAGACAACCUACUGGACUUAGAUUCCACUCCGGACAUUAAUGACGCUGUGGAGAAGUACGAGAAACUCCUGUGUCACUUGUUCGAUCACGCCAUACAGGUCAUACAAAGGUCAUUACAAACUUUUCCUGACAACAUCACAAUCAAAACUGACGGACGAAGAUUUCUCUUCAAUUACUCAAAGAUGACCCAGAUCACGCUAAAGAAGAAGGUAUGGAUUCAGCAACGUGAUGCAUCUCCGGAGGGGGAUUCAGAUGGAGAGUUGACCGAGGACACAUCAUCUCCUGUCAGUGUACAGGAUCUCACUACACCACAGACCUUCCUCAAGGUCAAAUCAGAUGACAGUAACACCAAGGGUAUACUCAAACACAUUGGUGUAGCAGGUGAUCUAGCUGGUCCAGAAAAGAAAGUUCAUUUUCCUGAUGAAGAAUCCGAGGAUUCUGAUUCUUCUACAGAUGAAGAAGAUGAAGAGAUUGACAAUGAUUGUGCCAUUGGUGGAGAAGCAGUUAGAGAAAAACUAAGAAAUAAAGUGAGUCGAGUAGAUGUGUGUUACGGAGAUGAACCCAUCUUGGUUGUGCAGAAGACAGAGUUAUUGAGCCCAGAUGGUUUCUCUGCGGGUAAAGAUUCUGAUGGAGUGUUGAGUAAUGGAGAAAACGAUAUAAUGGAUGAUGAUGAUGUCUUUGAGACAUGUGAUAAACCUGGUGAUGAUGAACAACAAAUUGGUGUAGAUUUGACAGGUAGGAAUCAUGAUGAAGCUGCUGGUCCAGAAAACAGCCGGAGUAGUGAGACAAACACAGACAAUACUAGAGCUGUACUACAGGGUAAGAUGUGUGAGGGAGACAGUGGUAGUACGGAGUCUCCCAUCCUCACCGAGGCUCCAGACAAUACUAGAGCUGUACUACAGGGUAAGGUGUGUGAGGGAGACAGUGGUAGUACGGAGUCUCCCAUCCUCACCGAGGCUCCAGACAAUACUAGAGCUGUACUACAGGGUAAGAUGUGUGAGGGAGACAGUGGUAGUACAGAGUCUCCCAUCCUCACAGAGGCUCCAGACAAAGGUGUCGGGGAUGUCUCACCGCCAGCAAGUUCAUCACCAUCCCAUCGCGUCAGUCUACAGUCCUACAGUGAAUCAGAUAUCCCGUUCCUCAUCAAAGUCAUGUACCUAACUAUUGUAAAUUACCUGAGCGGCCUGGUUUUGGGAGAUCAAGAUUCCUUUGCCCUAGAUAUUCUGGAUCACCCACUGCCAUUUCUCACAGAGAAAAGCGGUGCCUUACCAAAGAUCCUUGAAUUUGUGACAAAACAGUUUGAGAAAAGCAAAACUCUGAUGGAUGUGGAUCCAACAUUUCUCAUCAGUCUUAUUGACGCUGUCAGAUACAAGUCUCUAUUGUUUGAUCUGUAUAAGAAGAGUAUGCUGGAGGUGUGUGGUGAUCUGACAGAGGCCCAUUCACCAGAGGUCACAGCCUUGGCCUUGGCUACACUUAUCAUGGUUGUCAAGGACACAAAUACCUUCUCUACUGUGACAGAUCCAACCUCCCACAGCCAAAUGGAUACAAUUCUAACAGCAGCGGAACCCAAACUCCAACACUUCCCAGAAUUUACCCAGCUACAAUCGGUUUUGUGCAAUGAUUGAAAAGUUAUAACAGACAUGUUGCCUAUAAUCUUGUGUUGUGAUCCCACAGUCCAUCGAAGUAUAGUUACCAUGGAGAUUUAUAUUUGUGAUAAGAGUUCCAGGUUUAGGUGUUGCCUUAGAUAUCCUGUACUCCACCGGUGUUAUCUACCUUUGGUGGAUAAACAGGCUUUCAUACCCGCAUUAGAAAUGUUGUUCUUCCCAGAUCUGAUGAGUUUAGUCUUUCAUACUAACAGUGGGAUCUUUUAAUCAAGGUAUAUGGUACAAUGAACCAUAACUGUUUCCUUCUAUUCCGUAAGAUGUUUGACUUUUCAGACAUGAUAUUAUUCUGUGUAAUGGUUUUAAAGAUGAAUUCUUCAGCUUCUUCAGCAAGGAUUUUUGGAAUUCCAGGAGUGACACGUUUUUAAAUUAGAAGGUCGUUCUAAAAUCACUAUAGUGUAAAUAAAUAUGAAAUAAGCUUAAAACAUUGAAAUGAAAGAAUAUUAUACACAGAUCUCAGUUAAACUAAAUCAUGUGCAAUUUAAUGUAUCAGUAUUAGUCAUUUUAUAGUGUAUUGUCCUUAUAAACACACUAAAAACAUACAGCAUCAGUGCACAAUAUGUGUCAAUCAAACCUUGUUAUAUUGCCACCAUUUGUCAGUCAAAACUCGUUAUGCUGCCACAAUUUGUACAGUAAAACCUUGUUAUACUGCCACCAUUUGUCAGUCAAAACUUGUUAUAUUGCCACCAUUUGUCAGUAAAACCUUGUUAUACUGGCACCAUUUUUACAGUAAAACCGUGUUAUGCUGGCACCACUUGUACAGUAAAACCUUGUUAUACUGCCAGAAUUUGUCAGUAAAACCUUGUUAUACUGCCAGAAUUUGUACAGUAAAACCUUGUUAUACUGCCACUAUUUGUACAGUAAAACCUUGUUAUACUGCCACUAUUGUACAGUAAAACCUUGUUAUACUGUUACCAUUUGUCCAGUAAAACCUUGUUAUACUGCAACCAUUUGUCCAGUAAAACCUUGUUAUAUUGCAACCAUUUGACAAACUUUGUUAUACUGUCACCAUUUGUCCAGUAAAACCUUCUUACACUGUCACCAUUUAGCCAGUAAAACCUUGUUACGCUGCUACUAAUUCCCCAGUAAAAGUGAUGACGCUAGCAAUUUGCAACAUGAAAUGUUGACGCUAUGCUAUUUUGAGUAAUGUCAUUGCAAUGGCAAUCUGUCUUUCCCUACCCUGUGUAAGAUUCAGUUAUCCCACGAAGCAUGUGAGAAUGUUGUCCUCUCAUGCAUGUGUCAUUAGAGAAGAGAGGUAGUAUGCAACAGGCCUCCAAGAAUGUUGUUGAGGGAGGUAGCUACCAGCUACUACAUUGAGACCCUGAAGUGACCUCAAAUUCACCUUGGCUGAUUAAGGAAUGAUACAUCCAGCAAAUAUUAAACAAAAAAUACCCCCAAAAAAAAAAAGAAAAGAAAAUAUUGGCAAUAACUGAAAAAUAUUAUGGUUGGCAAGGAUAUCCAGGCUUUAGUGUAAGUACAUGUACUAUUAACUGUUUUCGUUUUUGUGGUCCAAACAGUUGACUGGUCUAGAGUUGAUCAUUUAUGAAAUAAAGAGGGACCUGUUGAUUUUAUGUUGUUUUCAGACAAGCCUUGACAAAGACUUUUAAGGCUUGUAUAUUUACAUCUGCUGGUCUGUAAAGAUAUCUAGGAUAGAAAUAUCAGGCCUCUGGCACAUACAGUUGGAGCCAUAUUACGACUCUAGUCAGAUUUGGUACACAUCUUUUAACUCUUGUUACAGAUACACAGACUAUAUAAUGAUAUAUUUUGAGUGAUUUGGGAAUCAAAAUAUCCCUUUUUCACACAAUUAUGAAUUUAUACUAACAGCAAAAUGGAAAUAAAUCCUGUGAUGCUAGUAUGACCGACUGCCGUUUUCGGCAAACAAACUUCACUAUUUACAAUCAAUAUAAAAGUUGUAUCUAAAAGAGGACUUCUUCUAUUUUCUACUGAUAUAGAAAUUACAUAAAACCAUUAUUAAGUAUAAAUAUUACCUUAGAAAUUCAGACUUCCAUUUACUGUACAUUUCAGUAAAGGCUACACAGCUUCUAAACUAUGUUGUCUAUUGAAUUAUAAAACAAUGUAUACAUUCUAGACCACUUACUGCAUCUAAUGGUAUGGAUAUUAUAGUCCACAUUAAAAUAGUUAUUGAGUUAUUUUUUUUUUUGAAUAUAAAACAAACACAACCUCUUAAACUAUCUUUAGCUUAGAAAGUCUCCUGUACCAUAUGGUCACCAUGGGGGACAGACCCUUCCCUUCAGUCAGGGGUUAUGGGCCCAGCAUGGCACCUUUACCUAUACAGCUGACAGCCUUAUCCUGUUAUCUAUAUAUAUGUUAUAUUCAUUUACAUAACAUAAUUAAGACUAUUUCUAUCUGUCAUACUAGCUUCAAGAAUGUUAAUGUAUUGUGGCAUACAGUAGACUGAAAACAAAAAUCUAUAAUACCUCAACAAAGCCAGAAAUAAUUACACCUCUCUACAUCCAUUUAUGACUAAAUAAUGCCUCAUUAAUUAAUCUAAAAAAUCCUUCAAUUAUCCUUCCUUCAACAGCCAUCAACUACAUUGUCUAUUUGAAAUUAAAAUUGAGGUCAACUAUUUUUAAACCUGCUUGAAGUUGUAGAGGAUCAUGGGAUGCCUAUGAUACACUCUCUUAUUGCAGCAAUAUUGUGGCAUAUCCUUGUUAUUCAAUGCAGCACCAUUUCUGCACACAGAUUUUGAAAGAAAAGAUUCUGACAUGAAAUCUACAAUAUUGCACCAAAGAACGACUUUCAAAAUAUUGAUGCCGCUAUAGUGUCAGAAAAGCUGCCUGUUUGAAACGUGUAGCCGCUGUAUUGCUGCACACUUAAGAUUUCUAUAAGGCAUAUUUCUGAAAUAUUACAAUCAAAAACAAAGGUACCAGAUUUCCCCUAUAAACAAACUCGCCCAUUGACUUAUUUAAUCCAACUCAGAGAUGUAGAAGACGUGUUAUCUUUGUACAUUUAAAAGUAUUUUUUUGAAUAUUUAAUUUAAAACUCUGUCUCUUGUGAAAUGUAUUAUUUAGUUAUUGUAAUUUUUGUUUAAACAAUCAUUAUCUUAGUUGUAAUUUAUGAAAACAGUCCUAUGUUAUAAAUAUUUUAAUUGUAAUUGUUGUUGAAACAAUCCAGUGCUAUAAAUCUACGUUGUUAUUUAUUUCUAAACAAUCUUUUUGUAUAAAUAUGUUUAUGUGGGAAAAUAACGCAAUGGUAUAAAUAUCACAAUUGUUAUUUAUAUCAAAUUAACCUGUGUUAAAAAUAUCAUAAUUGUUCUUUAUAUUUCAUUGGUAACAAUCUGAUGUGAAGUAUUAUUACUUAAGAAAAAAACCCGUGAGAUUAACAUGUUACAUUUGUAAUAUCAAUUGAUAUUUAGACACUUCCCUUGACCCAAAUACUACACGUUUUGUUUUGUAUUGUACGUAUAACGUCCUAUCAACAGCUAUGGUCAUUUAUGGAUGGUAAAACAAGUAGAUCCUGAAGUGGAUGUACAUAUACAUAAAAUGUCAAAAAUAACCCCACCUAACCACAGUCUGAGAUUUAUUUGAGAUUUUUCUUUCAGAUGAUGUUUAGUGUUUUGUUCAUUAAAUCUUAUGAAUAAAAUACCAUUAAAAGCAUAGCAAGUAGGUAAUACAAUGAGUUGUGUAAGUGUUAUUUUUAUAUGUAAAAUUGUCCCAAUUAAAGCUGUUUAUCACAUGUCUUAUGAGUAAAAUAUUGGCACAAUUCAUUGUGAAUAUCACUUAGCUGUAAAGAUAUUGGCACAAUUCAGUGUGAAUAUCACUUAGCUGUAAAGAUAUUGGCACAAUUCAGUGUGUAUAUCACUUAGCUGUAAAGAUAUUGGCACAAUUUAGUGUGAAUAUUGCCCAGCAGUAAAUCUAUCGGCACAAUUCAGUGUGAAUAUUGCCCAGUAGUAAAUCUAUCGGCACGAUUCAGUGUGAAUAUUGCCCAGUAGUAAAUCUAUCGGCACAAUUCAGUGUGAAUAUUGCCCAGUAGUAAAUCUAUCGGCACAAUUCAGUGUGAAUAUUGCCCAGUAGUAAAUCUAUCGGCACGAUUCAUUGUGAAUAUUGCCUAGUAGUAAAUCUAUCGGCAUGAUUCAGUGUGAAUAUUGCCCAGUAGUAAAUCUAUCGGCACGAUUCAUUGUGAAUAUUGCCCAGUAGUAAAUCUAUCGGCGCGAUUCAGUGUGAAUAUUGCCUAGUAGUAAAUCUAUCGGCGCGAUUUAGUGUGAAUAUUUCCCAGUAGUAAAUCUAUCGGCACGAUUCAUUGUGAAUAUUGCCCAGUAGUAAAUCUAUCGGCGCGAUUCAGUGUGAAUAUUGCCUAGUAGUAAAUCUAUCGGCGCGAUUUAGUGUGAAUAUUGCCCAGUAGUAAAUCUAUCGGCGCGAUUCAGUGUGAAUAUUGCCCAGUAGUAAAUCUAUCGGCGCGAUUCAGUGUGAAUAUUGCCCAGUAGUAAAUCUAUCGGCGCGAUUCAGUGUGAAUAUUGCCCAGUAGUAAAUCUAUCGGCGCGAUUCAGUGUGAAUAUUGCCCAGUAGUAAAUCUAUCGGCGCGAUUCAGUGUGAAUAUUGCCCAGUAGUAAAUCUAUCGGCGCGAUUCAGUGUGAAUAUUGCCCAGUAGUAAAUCUAUCGGCACGAUUCAGUGUGAACCACUAAGUCUUGAGUUAGCUAGCACUUAAAGAUUUGUUAUACCAAACUAUAUCUAAUUUAAAUGAUACUAUAAGCAAAACCUUGGGCUUUAUUUAACAUACAGACCAAGGAUACUGUGUAUGAGGACGAUAUAUGUUUGGCUGCUUCAAUUAAGGCCUAUAGUGUUUGUAUGCUCCAUUUAAACUGUCACGCUAUAAUAAAAUAAGGAAUUCAGAAUACGAUGUAGAUAAUAUUUCAGAUUAUGCCAAGUCAUAAUUUAAAGAUAUCUUUACAGUGUAAUAUACAGUAAAACCUUGUUACCUCGAACCAUGAUAACUUGAAGACCCUGCUUAACUCUGAAGUAAAAUUCAGAUCUGACAGUUAAAGUUAUAUAGAAUUUAUACUCUCUUACUUGGAACUCUCUGGUGUCUCAAAGUUUAUUAUGACCCCACUGACGAGAUAACAAGGUUUGACUGUACCAGUACUGUUACAAUAGUACCAUUUUAAAUAUAAUUUUGCAUAUCGGAACUUAAGGAAAAAUAAUAUGGUUUAAAUAACUAGGUUAUAGAAUUACACAUUGGUAUUUCAAUCUUUCAUUUUAUUUCAUACUUUUCAGUACAUCAGGACUUUGGGAUGUACUAGUUAGUAAAUGUCUUUAUAACUAAUAGAAUGAUAUGCUUUUGGCAGCCACCUUUCUGGUUUAAAUUGUUUCUUUAUUAACUGAUGCCUUUUGACACGUAUGUCGGUUUUAACAGGUGUACGAGUUACAGAGGGUUUUAUGUAGACAGAUUCCACCACUCCAUGUAGUCACAGUGCUAUCCCACCUAACUGCCUCUCACCAAGUUUUACAUAUUGGUAUGUUAAUUGUUAAUACCAAUUAUAUUUAUUGUGAUAAUUACCAUGUUGUUAGUACCAAGUUACUGUGUUACAUGUAAACAAUGAUUUGUUUAUUUAGCUCGUAGAUAGUAUUAUAAAUGCAUUGUGUUCUCACUAAAAGUGCACAUCACCAAUGGGAGAUAACUCUAUCCCAAGUAGAUGCACCCAGUGACAUCCAGUCUGGAAAUAUCAAUGUGUUUGUUAUUGUAUUCACACUUUGUUCCAUCACUAUAUGGCGACAAUAAAAGUGCACAUCACCCAUGGGAGAUAACUCUAUCCCAAGUAGAUGGAAAUAUCAUUGUUUCAUUUCAAGGUCAAGGUCAUACAAAUGCAUGAUCAGUUGGCAAUUGUUUAAUUAUUUUUCCACUGCAAAGUCAAGGUCACAAAAUGGUACUACAUUGUGCUCCAAUCCAAUUUCUAGGUUAUAAUUUAUAUAAUUAUAAGUUUAUGAAUUUGACGACAUACACCUUCAGCCCAUUGGUAGUAAUAGCUGGAGGUCUACAGGAUUCCCUUAUUCAUUUUGUAAGGUCAUUCAGAAGUCAGCCUCAAUGUUGAAACCUUUAUGAGAGACAGAAAUAUUGACAUGUGAAGGCAUGUUAUGUUUGUUCUUAGCGAGGCUGUUACGUUAGUGGGAAUAUUGUUGUUAAUGAUGAAAAUAUACAAUGUACAUCUUUUCAAAUGAAAUAAGUUCACGUUAAUUUAGGUGCUUAAUUUGGGAAAUAUUGAUUUUAAAACAGUGAUAUACAUUGUGUAAUGCAUGUUCCUCAGGUCUGAUCUUGUAGCCUGUGUAAUGCCCUCAGGUCUGAUCUUGUAGUCUGUAACUUUUGUUACUUUGAAGGAUAUCUUAAUACUGUGAAAAUUGAAAUCAAAAGAAGAAUGGGCAGUAAAUGCAAGAAAUUCUAAAGAUAAUUGUUAAGUUUUUACACAAAACAUUACAUAUUUCAAAUUUUUUUCUAAAUCGAAAUAUUCAUUAUACACUGUAGCAUGAUUUGUGAUUCAUUUUAAAACCAGGGACUAGUCAGAGAACUUGCUGACCCAGAAAGGAUGUUCUUUAGGACUAGUCCAACCCAAAUGGGGUAUCUGAGUGUAAAUUUGAACUGAUUGCCCGGUUAUUUAUUCAUCCCAAAAUGUCUGUUUGAUAAAUUAUUUAUUGGUAAUGUUAUAGAUACUUUGUUUAUACUGUGUGGUAUACUUGCUUUUAACAUUAUGUGAUGCUUAUUUACAUGAAAACUUGAUUCAAUAUUGUUAUAAUGUGAAAUAAAUGAAGUCAAUUAA